CAAAUCCUUCGGUGGAGUGCUCUGGACUACCUGAUCCGGUGAAAGGGAAGGAAUGCACUUUCUCCUGUGCUUCUGGUGAGUACCUGGAGAUGAAGAACCAGGUGUGCAGCAAAUGCGCGGAGGGAACCUAUUCACUUGGGAGUGGGAUCAAGUUUGACGAAUGGGACGAGCUUCCAGCAGGAUUUUCCAAUGUGGCAACUUUCAUGGACACAGCAGUUGGCUCAUCUGAGAAUAAAGCUGACAGCUGCAACAACUCUUCAUGGACACCUCGAGGGAAUUACAUCGAGUCGAACAGGGAUGAUUGUACAGUUUCUCUCAUCUACGCUGUGCACCUGAAGAAAUCUGGUUCUGUCUUCUUUGAAUAUCAGUAUAUUGACAACAACAUCUUCUUUGAAUUUUUUAUACAAAAUGACCAGUGCAAAGAGAUGGAGUCCACGGCAGACAAGUGGGUGAAGCUAACAGACAAUGGAGAAUGGGGCUCUCAUUCUGUAACUCUGAAAUCAGGCAGCAAUAUAUUAUACUGGAGAACAACAGGGAUUCUCAUGGGGUCCAAAGCAGUAAAACCAGUUCUGGUGAAAAACAUCACUAUUGAGGGAGUUGCAUAUACAUCUGAAUGCUUCGCAUGUAAGCCUGGUACCUUCAGUGACAAACCAGGUUCAUCUGGCUGCCAGGUGUGUCCCAGAAAUACUUAUUCUGAGAAAGGAGCAAAGGAGUGCACCAAGUGUAAAGAAGAAAUGUAUUAUGCAGAUGAGGGAUCCAGUGCAUGUAUAGACCGUCCUCCAUGCACAAACAGAGACUUUUUCCAGAUCCAUACCCCGUGUGAUAAGGAAGGAAAAACACAGAUCAUGUACAAAUGGAUUGAACCCAAGAUCUGCAGAGAGGAUCUCCCUGGUGCAUUGACCCUACCUCCUUCUGGAGAAAGGAAGGAUUGUCCACCCUGCAAUCCUGGCUUUUACAACAAUGCCUCAUCUUCCUGCACUCCUUGCCCUCCAGGCACAUUUUCUGAUGGGACUCAGGAAUGCAAAGCCUGUCCUGCUGGGACUGAACCAGCUCUUGGGUUUGAGUACAAGUGGUGGAACAUCCUGCCAGCCAACAUGAAGACAUCUUGCUUUAAUGUUGGCAACUCCAAGUGCGAUGGGAUGAAUGGCUGGGAGGUAGCUGGUGAUCACAUCCAGAGUGGGGCAGGAGGCUCUGACAAUGACUAUCUUAUCUUGAACCUGCACAUCCCAGGAUUUAAACCUCCAACAUCGGUGACAGGAGCAACUGGGUCAGAACUAGGACGGAUUACUUUUAUUUUUGAGACCAUCUGUUCAGCAGAUUGCGUGCUGUACUUUAUGGCAGAUGUUAAUCGAAAAAAUACCAAUGUGGUGGAAUCCUGGGAAAGAAGUAAAGAGAAACAAUCCUACACUCACAUCAUUUCCAAAAAUGCUUCCUUCACAUUCACCUGGGCCUUUCAGAGAAUAAGUGAGGGCCAAGAUAGCAGACAGUUCAUCAAUGACAUGGCAAAGAUCUACUCCAUCACGGUGACCAAUGCAGUGGAUGGAGUUGCUUCUUUUUGUCGGGCCUGUGCUCUGGGCUCUGAGCAGUCUGGCUCAUCCUGUGUGCCCUGCCCAGCAGGACACUACAUCGAGAAGGAGAGCAGCCAGUGCAAGGAGUGUCCAGCCAACACCUUCCUCUCCAUCCACCAGGUCUACGGCAGGGAGGCCUGCAUCCCAUGUGGGCCUGGCAGCAGGAGCACUGAGGACCACUCUGCCUGCUUCAGUGACUGCCUGCUGUCAUACAUCAAGGAUAACCAGAGCCUGAAUUAUGAUUUUAGCAACCUCAGCCAGGUGGGCUCAUUGAUGAGUGGACCCAGCUUCACCUCCCGCGGAACCAAGUUUUUCCACUUCUUUAACAUCAGCCUGUGUGGGAAUGAGGGGAGGAAGAUGGCUAUUUGCACUGACAAUAUCACGGAUGUCACUCUGAAGGACAUGGUUGCAGAAUCACAAGAUUUUUCCAAUUUUGUGGGAGCUUUUGUCUGUCAGUCCACCAUCAUCCCAUCGGACAGCAAGGGUUUCCGAACAGCCCUGGCUCUGCAGUCCAACAGCCUUGCUGACAGGUUCUUAGGAGCUACUAUUGAGACAAUGCUGGAAAAUAUAAGCAUCAAGACAGAUAUGUUUCCUCCCUCUCCAAAUAAAAUACCUGAUGUGCAUUUCUUUUACAAGUCUUCAACAGUGACAACCUCCUGUGAAAAUGGUCGUGCAACUGUUGUAACAAUGAGAUGCAACACCAACAAACCAGACCAAGGAGAGCUUUCUGUGCCCAGCUCGUGCCCUGCGGGCACCUGCGAUGGAUGCACUUUCUACUUUCUAUGGGAAAGUGCAGAAGCUUGUCCUCUCUGCACAGAGCAAGACUACCAUGAGAUUGAGGGAGCCUGCAAAAAAGGAUUUCAGGAAACUUUAUAUGUAUGGAAUGAGCCAAAGCAUUGCAUUAAAGGGGUUUCCUUGCCAGAAAAAAAGACCAGCACUUGUGAAACAGUGGACUUUUGGCUAAAAGUUGGAGCUGGUGUUGGUGCUUUCACAGCUGUUCUGCUCAUAGCCUUGACCUGCUAUUUUUGGAAGAAGAACCAGAAGCUGGAGUAUAAAUAUUCCAAAUUAGUGAUGACAGCAAACUCAAAGGAGUGUGAGCUGCCAGCUGCUGACAGCUGUGCUAUAAUGGAAGGAGAAGAUAAUGAAGAAGAAAUAGUAUAUUCAAAUAAGCAGUCACUGCUGGGGAAGCUCAAGUCCUUGGCAACGAAGGAAAAGGAAGAUAAUUUUGAAUCUGUUCAGCUGAAAUCUUCAAGAUCCCAAAAUAUAUGA